AUGACCGCUCAGGCUUCGGAUAACAUUCCGAAUAUCAGAGGAAGAAGACCUCGUGGCGUGUCUGACCAUUCGGGAGCAAAAUUGCCUCAGUAUGAUCCCGGAAGCCAUCCACCUGGAUACUUCAAACCGUAUAUGUCGGCGUUUCGGUUCAAAUGCAGAGAGUACCUUCUGCCAUUUACCGCUAAUCAAUCGGAUUAUAUUGCAUUGCUUCAGCGCCAAUAUCGAACACCAUGGAGAGACAGCUACUUUGCGUACACAGCACUUCUUGGGUCCCACAUGUUUUAUGUGAUUGCUCUGCCCAUUCCCAGGUGGCUAGGAUACGGCGUUGUGACCAGAGACCUAGUCUACGUCCUAGGAUACUCCAUUUACAUCACUGGGUACCUCAAGGACUAUUUUUGUUUGCCCAGGCCCGCGAGUCCGCCUUGCCACCGGAUCGCGCUAAGCAAGUACACAACGAAGGAGUACGGCGCCCCGAGCUCGCAUUGCGCCAAUGCGACCGCAGUGACCCUGUUGUUCCUUGUUUACGCUUGGCGGUCACGCAUGGACUGCAGCGCGCUGCAGUUCUUCCUGUGCCUUGUGCUGCUGGCCGUCUACUACGUGACGCUGACUCUGGGGCGUAUUUACUGUGGCAUGCACGGACUGCUCGACAUUGUGACAGGCUCCGCAAUUGGAGUCUUCUGCUUUACAGUGCGCUUGAUCACUAGAGACUACCUCAGUUUCGACCAGGCUACAGCGCAGUUUUCGUGGUGGUUCCCCUUCUUCGCGGUGGCCAUAGGCCUACUGAUGCUCUUCUACCAUGUCGAGCCUGUGGAUCCCUGCCCGUGCUUCGAGGACAGCGUCGCCUUUAUCGGCGUCAUCACAGGCAUUGAGGCCGCCGAGUGGCUUUUCCCCCGCCUGUUCCAUGAGACCACCAGCCAGUAUCUUGUGUUUCAAUGGUCCUACGUGGCCAUUCCAGCAGCCUGCGCGCGCAUAGUUGCUGGAAUCCUCUGCGUGCUGCUGUGGAAGAGCGUUCUGAGCAAGAAACUCGUCUACAGCCUGCUCUCCGUACUGAUGACAGACGAUCGACCUGCUGCACACGCAGAACACCCUCGCACCGGCCACGUGCGUCCGCUGGUGCCCCGCAUCGAUAUACUUGGCAGAUUUUUUGUCUACAUGGGCGUUCCGAUGACUGUUAUCAUAGUGUGCCCAACUGUCUUCGCUCUUUUGGGCAUCUAA